AUGGACAAAAAAAUAGAAGGACCUUUUAAUGGAGCCGGAGGUAGGUUUCCUAAUUACCUAAAUAAAUGUGGUUCUUGUGGAGAAGAAAUAAAAGGGGAUAAAGAAUACCGAAGAACCUAUAACGAAGAACUUUUUAACAAAACCGGUGGCAGAGGGGGGCGAACCUAUUACUGUGUUCCAUGUGGCGAAAGAAUAAUAAUAAAAGAUUGUUCAUUAACUAUUAGUCAAUUAGAACAAAAAUUAUCCCACAAAAAUGUGGCUGGAACUGUUGAAGAUUACAAAAAAAUAAAAAGUGUUCAGCAAAGAAUAAAAAAAUUAGGUAGUUUUGAAGAUCUAAUUAUUAAAGGAGAGAUUGAAGAAUUAAAAAAGAAUUGUCAGAGUUUAAUUAAUGAAUACAUUUCGCCAAAAGAUAGGAAAAUAGAAACCGAAAGUCCAAAGUUCUUACAAUCUUUAAAGAGUUAUCAUAUAGACAAAUUAAAUAAGAAAAUGCUAAAUAAUGGCAUUUCUUCUUUUGAGUUAAAUAGUUUGAAUUAUCAAAGCAUGUUAACUGUGCCUGAUUUUCUUUUAACCCAAGAGGGAAUUAAAGACACUUAUCAAAAAGCCGAAAAAGACUUAGAAGAAUUGUUAAAGAAAAAGGGUAUUAGUAUUCCGCAACCAAAUAGUAGUGUCAAUAAUCCAUUAAAUAAUACAAGGAAUAAAAGUAAUAGUAAUAACUCACAUUCUCAACAAUCACAAUUACUUUCAGAAAUCAUGAAUUUAGAACAAAAUCCUAAUUCUAAUAGUCAAGAAUUAGACUCUAAAAAACAACAAUUAAAGGCUUUAGAAACUAAAUCUAAAGAACUAAUUAAAUCUUUACCAAUUGAGACUCAAAUUGCUAUUUUACAUAAAGAAAUAAAAGUUUUAGAAAAUAAAAGUAAUAAAAAUCAUCUAGAAAAGACAUUAUUAACUGAUAAAAAGAAAGAAUUAGCAGAAUUAUUGAGUAGGAAGAAUAAUUCUCAUGCUAAUAAUGCUAAACUUAGUGAUAAAACUGGUCUUUAUAUUGGAUUAGGUGCAAUUGGAGAGCAGGAAAUUAAUGAGAAAAAUAUUCACUCUAUAAAAAUUUCUAUUGAACAAUAUUUGGACGAAGCAAAAGCGAGAGUUAAACUGAUAGAGGAAAGACUACAAGGCAGAAGCGAAGAAAAAUAUGAAAAGCAUCCCAUCUUAAGUUUACUUGAAAUAAAAGAGGGUAACCCAAUUUAUUUUUCUGAUGUUGUAAAAAAAAAAAAUGUAGAUAAAGAAGAGGUUUGUUCAAACUCCACUGCUCACUUAAAGAAGCAUGAUAUUAUUGCAGUUAGAAUAAAUAGCACACUUAAUUAUCAUGUAGCCGUUUAUCGAGGAGGAAGUAUAAAAACUAAGGAAAUUGCUCACAUACCUGAUGCUAAGGGUAGUCCAGCAAAAUUUGAUACUUUAGAUAAUUUUUUAGAAAAUCGCAAUGCUGAAAGAAUAAUUUUGCAUCGGCUUAUUAUACCUUUUAAAAAACCAGAAGAAAUAGAAAACAGUAUUAAUGUAGCAAUUGAUAAGAAAAAAUAUGGAAAAGGUAAAUAUAAUCUAAUAACUAGGAACUGCGAACACUUUGCUACUUUGUGUGUUACGGGUGUUAAAUUUUCUUCACAAGUAAAGAAUCUUCUUGAUUUAAAUUUCAAAUUAAAUAAAGAAAAAAUCAAUGAAAAAGUCCUAAGUGAAGAUAAUUUUAUAGCUCAAGUUGAAAAAGCUAGUGAAUUAGAUCUAUCGGAGUUCAUAAACUUAGAAGAACUUGACUGUUCUAGUAAUCAGUUAACUCGACUGAAUAUUAGUAAUUGCCCUAAUUUAGAAAUGCUUGUUUGUUGUGGUAACCUUUUAACUAAUCUUGAUCUAAGAAAUAAUUCGAAAUUAGAAAUGCUAAAUAUUGGUGAUAACAAUUUUUCAGAACAAGACCUAUCUUUUUUAAGCCAUUUAGUUAAUUUAGAAGUAGUUGUUAUAGGGAAUAAAGAUGAAAAGAAAAUCCAGCAAGGAAUCUAUAAUCAUUUUGUUGGUUCUUUAGAACCAUUAAAAGAUUUAAUCAAAUUAGAAUGUUUAGAUAUUAGAAAUACGGACAUUGAUGAAGGAUUAGAACACUUACCAGAAAAUUUGGAGGAAUUUAUUUGUUUAAAUAAAGAGAGACAAGAAGCAAAGGGGGUCGUAGAAACUGAUGAUUAUGGUAUAAUAAAGGAUACUAGAAAAAGAAUUAAAAACAUUAAGGAAGAUAAGAACUGGAAAGAGUUUGGCGACCCCUUUCUAGAUUUUACGGAAGAAACUACACAACGGUGA